GGGAGGAAAUAGCUCGAGGAGCUGCAUCCUGCUUGCGCUUGCGGCCGCAGAGGAGGAGGCAGAGAGGGGGCGGCGGGCGGAGGAGGUAGGGGAGGCUGUGGCCGAGGGAAAGAAAGUGCCAGAGCCGGUUCGGCUUUAGAGUGUGGUGAAGGGUACUUUCCAUGGUGCAUGGAAGGAAAGCCAAUGCGCAGGUGUACCAGCAUUCGACCAGGAGAGACUGGAAUGGAUGUAACAAGCCGCUGCACCCUUGGAGACCCCAACAAACUGCCAGAAGGGGUUCCCCAACCUGCUCGCAUGCCCUACAUCUCAGACAAGCACCCUCGACAAACCUUGGAAGUGAUUAACCUCCUGAGAAAGCACCGUGAGCUGUGCGAUGUGGUGCUAGUUGUGGGCGCUAAGAAGAUAUAUGCCCACCGAGUCAUUUUGUCAGCCUGUAGUCCCUACUUCCGAGCUAUGUUUACAGGAGAAUUGGCAGAGAGCCGUCAGACAGAAGUGGUGAUCCGAGACAUAGAUGAGAGGGCUAUGGAACUGCUGAUUGACUUUGCGUAUACCUCCCAGAUAACUGUGGAAGAGGGCAAUGUUCAGACCCUCCUGCCAGCUGCUUGCCUCCUCCAGCUGGCAGAAAUACAGGAGGCCUGCUGUGAGUUCUUAAAGAGACAGUUAGAUCCUUCCAACUGCCUGGGCAUUCGGGCUUUUGCAGACACACAUUCAUGUCGUGAGUUGCUAAGAAUAGCAGACAAGUUCACUCAACAUAACUUUCAAGAGGUGAUGGAAAGUGAAGAGUUCAUGUUGCUUCCAGCCAAUCAGCUCAUUGAUAUAAUAUCUAGUGAUGAGCUAAACGUCCGAAGUGAAGAACAGGUGUUCAAUGCAGUGAUGGCCUGGGUGAAGUACAGUAUCCAGGAAAGACGCCCUCAGUUACCACAGGUGCUGCAGCAUGUCCGGCUGCCCUUGCUCAGUCCCAAGUUCCUGGUGGGCACCGUAGGCUCUGAUCCCCUCAUCAAAAGCGAUGAAGAAUGCAGAGACUUGGUCGAUGAGGCCAAAAACUAUCUCCUGUUGCCUCAAGAACGGCCGCUCAUGCAAGGACCGAGGACGAGACCGCGGAAACCUAUCCGAUGUGGGGAAGUGCUCUUUGCAGUGGGUGGCUGGUGCAGUGGAGAUGCCAUUUCCAGUGUUGAACGAUAUGACCCGCAGACCAAUGAAUGGCGAAUGGUGGCUUCUAUGAGCAAGAGGCGAUGUGGAGUUGGCGUCAGUGUUCUGGACGACCUGUUAUAUGCAGUAGGGGGCCAUGAUGGGUCCUCUUAUCUCAAUAGUGUUGAAAGGUAUGACCCCAAAACAAACCAGUGGAGCAGCGAUGUGGCCCCUACAAGCACCUGCAGGACCAGCGUGGGCGUGGCGGUACUUGGUGGCUUCCUCUACGCUGUGGGGGGCCAGGAUGGUGUGUCUUGCCUCAACAUUGUUGAGAGGUAUGACCCAAAGGAGAACAAGUGGACUCGCGUGGCUUCUAUGAGUACCAGGAGACUGGGCGUGGCCGUGGCUGUGUUAGGAGGCUUCCUGUAUGCCGUUGGUGGCUCGGACGGGACGUCGCCACUCAACACAGUGGAGCGCUACAAUCCCCAGGAGAACAGGUGGCACACCAUCGCUCCCAUGGGGACCCGGAGGAAACACCUGGGCUGUGCGGUGUACCAGGACAUGAUCUACGCCGUCGGAGGGCGCGACGACACCACAGAGCUCAGCAGUGCUGAGAGGUACAACCCCAGAACGAACCAGUGGUCUCCGGUCGUGGCUAUGACGUCCCGCCGUAGUGGAGUUGGCCUGGCAGUGGUGAAUGGACAGCUCAUGGCUGUAGGAGGCUUCGAUGGCACCACAUACUUGAAGACCAUUGAAGUUUUUGAUCCUGAUGCCAAUACAUGGAGGUUAUAUGGCGGGAUGAAUUACCGUCGGCUAGGGGGCGGUGUAGGAGUUAUUAAAAUGACACAUUGUGAAUCUCAUAUCUGGUGAACAUCUAGACAACCAUUGAGGAUGUGCUCUUCUGUAUUCUGGAGAGCUUUGACUUUGGAGCUUUGUACAGCUCCAGAAAACACUAGAACUAAUUUUAUUCUUUGCCGGUGCCUCGACGUAAUGGAAAUACAGAUACAAUGAAAGUCCUUCGCCUGCAGGAUGCCAUCUUUGCACAGUUAUUUUCAGUUCUGUGCAGAAUAUUUAUUUUCGGUUUUAAUUUAUCAUGGGUUUUUUUUGUUGUUGGUUUGUUUUUGGUUUUCUGGGUUUUUUUUUUUUUUUUUGGCCUUCCUCCCACCAAAAAAAAGAAAAAUUCCAAGCAGUAAAACUUUAUUUUUAAAAUAUUAAGUUUGAAAAUACUAAUAAGGGGAGAAAGGCUAUCUGUGAUCUAGUUAUUUCUAGGUGUUCCAUCCACAAGACUCCACUACUUACAAGGACCAGUGACAAAGACAGAUAUGCAAAGUGUAUAAGUUAGCUGUCAUUCUUGCACUAAGUACCAGAUGACUUGAAAUCUAAAUAAAAAAAUAAAAGGAAGCAUCUCAUUUUAAAUAGUAUAAUUCAAAAGGAAAAUUAAGUCAGUAAAACCAGGACUCGGAGUUUUCAUCAGUGGAAGUUUGCAUCUCGUUUUCUUCCAUACAAACUUGUUUUCUGUUGUGUAAAGUCUUUUUUUCAUAACGUUUUCAUAAGAGUUUCUGCUGGAUCUAGAGCUCUGCUCAGUGCCUCUACAAAAAACAGUACACAAUUCUCAGAUAGUGUCUUGAGAAUCCCCAAUAGAAUCAUGUGCGACUCUGCAAGUUUUUACUCAAAAACAUAUGGACUGACUGAAGCAACUUUCCUUCCUCUUUUCUUAUUGCUACUAAGGACCAGCAGGGAGAAAUGCCCUCUCCCCAGCAGUGAAUACUGUUAUGCAAUUUACACUUGAUGCUCAGGCCUGCUGAAGCUGAGGCUUACCUGUAAUCACAGCCUCCAAGGGAUGAAUCCUUCAGUUCAUGUAGUAGUACAUGCUAAUGGGUAUAAAACCGAAUGAGGCAUUUUAUUAAUAAUAUCUUGGUUCUUUUAUACAACUAUAUAUCAUUAUCCUCAUUCUAUAAAGCCACUGUUCCUACUUCUCUCAAAUUGCACUUUUUGGAGAAAAGUUUAAAAGUUCUAAGGAAACAAUGAUAAAAAUUUCAGUGGUUUAAAUGUAUUUUGCAGGAAAGUCUUUGAAUAAGACUUUAUCCGCAACCAAAAGGAAUAACUUUCUCCUUCUUCCUCUUCCUCCCCCACGACUACAAAAAUGUUUGGCAACUUUUGUGUUUACAUUUAAAAAUCAUUUGCACCUUUACAAGGAAAAAAAUAAGUAUUUGGUAAACAAUUGUUUACGUGUAUCAUUUAUGCUUUUUUCUAGCAUGUAUAACUUUUUUAAAUAAAGAUAGUACUUACCAUAAAAAAUUUUCG